AUGGUCUUCAAGCCGUUUAAACCCCCUUCGAUAAGGAAACCACCUCAUCUAUCCUCCUCAGACACAAAUCCAGAAAAAGCACCCUCCGAUCGCUUCGAACCUCCCGCCAAGAAGCAGCGUUUGGACACUGACAACGAUCCUCUGAGCCAUUCGCAAGGCUUAACACGCAAGCCUCUGCAGCAAGUAACAAAUCCGAGUCGAACAUCCAGCGACAGCGCGGUGGGCGAUGAAUUACCCGGCGUUAAGUACUACAAUGUUCUAUGGCGGAAACCCACGACGAAGAAGAACAAGACCUGGGAUGGCGAUGGGAUCCUGUCCGCGCGCGAUGGAUACCUCUACCUCCAAGAUAUCUCGGGGAAGGACAUGGGCCGCGCGAUGAUGCCCGGUUCUCGACUGGAGGCGGGAAGUAUGCUCUCGAUUGGAGGCAAGGAGGUUGAGGUCGACUCCGAGAUCCCCCGGAAAGAGUAUCUGGCCGGUAAAUCCUUCCUGGGGAAGAAGGAGGGUGCUUCUCCACUCGUCACGGCUGCAGAGCUGCCGAAGAAGGCGUUCGUGCCAUCGCUUACGAAUCGAAGCGCGGUGUUGGGUCCGACGUUACCGAGCGAGAAGACUCAGAGUGGGAAGACCUGCGUGCCGCCGCUGGCGAACCCGGCGUCCCGGUCGAGUUCUAUUACCGGGGCGUACAAGCGGCCGUUGCUGGAUGGUACUGUUGUUCCGGUAAUGCCUGCCAGUAAGCCUGUUCCGCGCCAUGACCCCAAUCAACCUGGGGCACUGGUGAUGAAGCGACCGGAGUCGGUACCCAAGGGGAAGCAGAUCGUGGAUGUUGUUGUCGAUCCGAUUCUGUCCAAGCAUUUGAGACCACAUCAGCGGGAAGGCGUUCAGUUCCUUUACGAAUGCGUCAUGGGAAUGCGGUCGUUCAAUGGUGAGGGAGCCAUACUUGCGGAUGAUAUGGGACUAGGAAAAACGUUGCAAACAAUCACGCUGCUGUGGAUGCUACUCAAACAGAAUCCCAUUCACGACAGCGCUCCGGUGAUCAAGAAAGCGCUAAUCGUUUGUCCGGUGACUUUGAUCAAUAACUGGAGAAAGGAGUUCCGUAAAUGGCUCGGAAAUGAGAGGAUUGGCGUGUUUGUCUUUGACGACAAGAGGAAGCGGUUGACCGACUUCACCAAGGGCAGGGCCUAUAGUGUGAUGAUCGUGGGUUACGAGAAGCUGAGGACCGUUCAAGAAGGCUUAGCAAGGGGUGCUGGCGUCGACAUCGUCAUCGCCGACGAGGGCCAUAGACUGAAAACGUUACAGAAUAAAAGCGGCCAAGCCAUCCAGGCAUUGAACGCCACCAAGCGAAUCAUUCUCUCUGGCACGCCAAUCCAGAACGAUCUGAAGGAGUUCUUCGCGGCGGUGGAUCUGGUCAACCCCGGCAUUUUGGGUACCUUCAAGGCCUUCGUCAAAGAGUUCGAAGGGCCGAUUGUGAGAAGUAGACAACCAGAGGCUACGAGAAAGGAGAUCGAGAAAGGCGAGGCCAGGAACGAAGAACUACGAGAGCUCACAUCCAAGUUCAUGCUCCGCCGGACUGCUGAUAUCCUGGCCAAAUAUCUUCCGCCAAAAUCAGAGUAUGUCCUUUUCUGCAACCCGACAUCAACCCAAGCCAACAUCUAUCGCAAUGUGCUCGCCUCUCCCGUGUUCCAGUGCGCCAUCGGCAACUCAGAAAACGCACUUCAUCUCAUUACCAUCUUGAAGAAGCUAUGCAACAGUCCCUCCUUACUUUCUCCGAAAAAUGCGGACGAAACGCCUAGCGAAACAAUCGCAGCGCUUUUAUCUUCGCUACCUCCAAAUCUUCUACGCCACUUCUCUCCGUCAAGCAGCGCAAAGAUCCGCGUUCUUGACCAGUUACUUCAUAACCUACGCACAUCUACAUCCGAGAAAAUCGUCCUUGUAUCAAACUACACCUCCACGCUAAACCUGCUAGCGAAUCUUCUUUCAUCUCUCUCUCUCCCCUUCCUAAGGCUGGACGGCUCAACGCCGGCACAGAAACGACAAUCCCUAGUCGAAGAUUUCAACCGGCUCCCCGCCGACCUCUGCUUUGCGUUCCUCCUCUCCGCAAAAGCAGGAGGCACCGGACUGAACCUUAUCGGAGCCAGCCGCCUGGUCCUCUUCGACGUGGACUGGAAUCCCGCAACAGACAUACAAGCCAUGGCGCGGAUCCACCGCGACGGCCAGAAGCGACACUGCCGGAUCUACCGCAUCCUGCUUAAGGGCAGCCUGGAGGAGAAGAUCUGGCAGCGCCAGGUCACCAAGAUAGGACUGGCGGACAGCGUCAUGGAGCACAAAAGCAGCGUCGCGCAGUUCUCCCGGGACGAGCUACGGGAUCUCUUCCGGCUCGACGAAGAGAGCCGCUGCCAGACGCAUGAGCUGCUGGGCUGCGAUUGCGGCGGGACAGGACGCACGGUGCAGAGCGCGAGCAGCGUCCCACCCACGGAUGCCGAAAGUAAAGAUCCAACAUCGGAUCCGAAUCUAUCUUCCUCCAGCGACCUCUCGGACGUCGAAGACGAUUUCCCAGAUACACUCACCCUCAUCAAGGCCUCGCAGGUGAACAUGGAAGAGCAGGAGCGGCGGAUACGUGCAAUGCGAGGCACCACUCGCCGUGCGAUCCGCACGACCAAAAUCGACGACAGUGAUGAUGAUGAUGAUGAUGAGGGUGAGGACCCCGUCAAACCGAAAAGCAAGAUGCAGCAGUCCCUCUCGCAAUACAGCCACAUCGACCCUGCUCUUCUCGCCUCGGAAGAGGACGGACUCGGUCUCGCGGCUGCGAUCGACGACGACGACGUCCUUCUCCCCCUGCUUCGUGACGAGGAUAAUCGCAUCGGGUUCAUUUUCAAGAAGUCCGGCCAGGCGGAGGCGAAGGGGAAGCGAGCUUCGUCGCCGGUGGUGCUGGAGUGA